UUGGUUGGUUGCGGCCUGAUGGAUGGUCGAGGGCGGAGUGAACUCUCAGUGUGUUCUGCCGGAGCCCAAGUACGGAGACCAUAUUUACAGGUCAUGCAGCUAUGAGUGGAGUUUUCAAGGGGACCUUUGAAGAAGCUGACAGCGCCUCCCUCUGCUCUUCUCUGCAGGAGUCAGAUGAUGACAUUUUUAGCUGUGACAGUGCUGAGAGUCUUGAUAGUGUCAGUCUGUCCACACCUGAUCAUUUACCCAAAAAAAUAAGAAGAUAUCAACAGACUGAAAAGGUAUAUUCAGAAGCAUAGACUCUUGGGAGGACACUGCAGUUCAUGAGGCCGCAAGGUACAUGUGAUAACGCUGCAGCUAUGAGUGGAAUCUUAAAGCGGAAGUUUGAAGAUGUGGACGCCUCCUCACCCUGCUCCUCUGCCCGGGAAUCAGAUGACGAAGUCUCCAGCAGUGAGAGCGCUGACAGCGGGGACAGCAUCAACCCGUCCACCUCUAAUCACUUCACCCCCUCCUCCAUCCUCAAAAGGGAGAAACGGCUGAGGACCAAGAAUGUGCACUUCAGCUGUGUCACCGUGUACUACUUCACCAGGAGACAGGGCUUCACCAGCGUGCCCAGCCAGGGGGGUAGCACUCUGGGCAUGUCCAGUCGUCACAACAGCGUGCGCCAGUACACCCUGGGCGAGUUUGCAAGGGAGCAGGAGCGGCUGCACCGGGAGAUGCUGAGAGAACACCUCAGGGAGGAGAAACUCAACUCUCUGAAGCUAAAGAUGACAAAGAAUGGCACAGUGGAGUCUGAAGAAGCGAGCACUCUGACAGUCGAUGACAUUUCCGAUGAUGAUAUCGAUUUAGACAACACAGAAGUAGACGAAUACUUCUUCCUACAACCCCUGCCCACAAAAAAGCGGAGAGCCCUGCUGCGCGCCUCCGGAGUGAAGAAGAUCGACGUGGAAGAAAAACACGAGCUGCGGGCCAUCCGCCUGUCUCGGGAGGACUGUGGCUGUGACUGCAGAGUGUUCUGUGAUCCAGAAACAUGUACCUGCAGCCUGGCAGGCAUUAAGUGUCAGGUGGAUCGUAUGUCUUUCCCAUGCGGCUGCACUAAAGAAGGCUGUAGCAACACAGCAGGUAGAAUUGAAUUUAAUCCUAUCCGUGUCCGGACUCAUUUUUUGCACACAAUCAUGAAACUUGAACUCGAGAAAAAUCGCGAGCAGCAAAUCCCCACGCUGAACGGCUGCCACGGUGAGAUAAGCCCCCACGGUACUUCCAUGGGCCCCGUCGUCGCUCACUCGGUAGAAUACUCCAUCGCAGACAAUUUCGAGAUUGAAACGGAACCCCAGGCUGCCGUGCUGCACCUGCAGGAGGAGCUGGAUUGCCAGGGAGAGGAGGAGGAAGAGGAGGAGGAUGGGAGCAGCUUCUGCAGCGGAGUCACUGACUCCAGCACACAAAGCCUGGCCCCCAGUGAAUCGGAUGAGGAGGAAGAGGAGGAGGAGGAGGAAGAGGAGGAGGAGGAAGAAGAUGACGAGGACGACAAGGGAGACAGCUUUGUAGAAGGGCUGGGAGCCCAUGCCGAAGUCGUCCCUCUUCCUUCUGUUCUUUGUUACUCGGAUGGCACCGCAGUUCAUGAAGGCCACACCAAGAACGCUUCGUUCUACGCUAGCUCUUCAACCCUCUACUACCAAAUAGAUAGCCACAUCCCAGGAACCCCUAGCCAGAUCUCUGACAGCUAUUCGGAAAGAGAUACUGUCAAAAACGGUGCCCUGUCGCUGGUGCCUUACGCCAUGACCCCAGAGCGAUUCGUUGACUAUGCCAGACAAGCGGAAGAGGCCUACGGGGCCUCCCACUACCCAGCUGCCAACCCUUCUGUCAUUGUUUGCUGCCCCACUUCCGAAAAUGAUAGUGGGGUGCCCUGUAACACCUUGUACCCCGAACACAGGCCCAGUCUCCCCCAAGUGGAAUUUCACUCGUACUUGAAAGGCCCUUCCCAGGAAGGGUUCGUCUCCGCGUUGAACGGCGGCGACAGCCACAUUUCCGAGCAUCCUGCCGAGAAUUCCCUGAGCCUUGCCGAAAAGAGCCGCCUGCACGAGGAGUGCAUUAAGUCCCCCGUGGUGGAGACGGUCCCCGUUUAGUUGCUUAGAUUAUUCUAUUAGAGUACCGAGUCUUCUAUUUAAGGCAUUGUAUUGCAUUUGCUGGGCUCACCCUUGUUUAACCGGAAGACCAAGAAAACGUGGACUGGGAUGACUUCCAGACAGGAUUUCUUUUCCUCCUUUCUAGCUUCCCAACUGUGGCGUGACACAAAUAAAACACAGUCGCUAUGGGGAUUUUAAACGAUUUUGAACUGUUUUUGAUAGAAAAAAAAUGCUAAAUUUAAAAAAAUAAUAAUACAUAUCUCACAGUUGCCUACCCGUCAAACUGUGUGAAACCUGCCGAGCUAUGCAGACCAUAGCUCCACGUCUUAGAUUGUCGGGCCUGUGCAAGAUUGUUAACUAAGACUAGAAAAAUAAUCAGAUUUAGAGACCUAAUUUUCGAUAUAUCUGAAGAUGGUGGUGACUUUUUAAUGUAAAAGUAAUGAUUGUCAGAAAAAAAAAAGAUUGAAUUGUUUCUUGUGUAUUUUCUUUCCGGUAGUUUAGAAGUCAUGCUUUGAAGAAAAUGAACAGCACGCUCACUGAAGCUGCCGUUGCAUUAGCUAGCUCCACAGAGCAUGCCCACGAGGAUUGCACCUGGAUUCUGCCCACGUUUUUAUGAUCCUGACUAAGCAGAUUUGCAGAUACUUUCUUAAGGAUGACAUAGGCCUAUUUUUGCUAUGUGGGACAAAUGAGUCUAUAUAUAUGUGCAGGUCCUUACACAGUUCUCUCUAAAGUUCAGAGUCAGGACAAUCCUCUGGUGAGGGUCCAGUUCGCUGCCCUCCCUCGGCCGAGAGAGAUGGAAUUGCCUUUCUUUUUUAAACAGUGUCAUCUUAUUAGCUUUGACUGCACCUUUAAACUCCACCCCCUCCAUCAAAAUGCACUUUAGUGCCCCUUCUCGGUACCUCGCGUGGGGUGGGGUCUCAGAACGCUUUGAAAUCAAAACUUUUUACUUAUAAAAAAAAAAGUCGACUAUUGUGAGGUUCAUACAAUAGAGGUAGAGGAUCCUUCCAGUGGUGUGAAGGAAAAUGGCCUGUUUUUCUUCACCGCUCCGAGGAUUUAACUCUGUAACACAGAGGAGGCUGGGGGGAAAAAAACAGACGAACACAGCCUCAGAAACCAAUCUAUUCUACACCGUGAUCAACCCAUCUCUACAAAAGCAAAACCAUGUCAUGAGACUUCCACUUAGCCGCUAGCUGAUUGAAGGCAGGCCUGCACUCAUUCACUCGUGAGGCCUGACUUUCCUGAAGCGUUUUUAUUGGUCUUGCCGAGGACAGUUAUUCCCACAGUCCAUAAUGCAUUGCAAAGGCAGCAACCUUGUGUUCUCUUGCCUAGUAAAGAGAAAGCAUAGAAAAGAAACACACACUCACCUUCUCCUGCCUAGCGAAGAGAAAGGACACAUGCCCCGCCUUCCGCUGGAUUGCCUACUUGGUGCCCGGGAGGACUCUUUUCCUGUAAGCUUACAUAACUCUAGAACAAGCGCUAGCAUUUCCCCAAUGCCAUGAUUAUGCUGAGUCCGUUUCUUAGCUUUGACAUCCUAUUGCUACAUUGUUUAACCUGUUUUACAACUAUUUAAGAUGGAAACACACCCUGCUAUGUAGUAGCUGCAUUCCUAAUGUUUUCUAUGCCUCCUAAAUUUGGGCAUUUUAAUAUCUUAACAGAUUUCAGUUCCUCACAACUUAUUUCAUUUGGCCAAACGUCAGUGGGCUUCGGAAUCCUCCCGUGAGAAGUUUCUCUUUAAACUUGAUAUGGUGAAAGGGUGUUUGCUUGUGGAGUUGGUUCCUGCCCACCUCUACACCACCUCAAGGCCAAGCCAACACUAAUUAUUACUAACAUUAGCAGCCUUUUGCGUUGGCUGUGUUCGAGAAAGUCACAGUGGGGUCAGGUGGCUCCUUGUGGUGGAUUGGUGGGGCUGCUGUGACGGACGCAUGCUCUGAUUGUGCUAGACCAGAGUUACUUGUAGUGUUUGCUCUCCAGCCUCCCUGACCCCUGCCUACGCAGUCUAAAGAGUAGGGACUCGGGGGAAAUGACAAUAGGCUGCUGUUCUUCGUUCAAGCAAGGGAAGGAAUUCCGUGUUCAGUGUGUGCUUGACCGUUCCAACCUCUGGAAGUAUCGACUGGUGAGGCACUCUCGGGCUGUUCUUAGGACAGAGAGCGGGAAAGUACAGGGCAACCCUGACUAGGGUGGAGUUGAAGGGGGUCACGGCAGUCCAAUCCCUGAACCCUUAGAGAUACUUCUUUCAGUUCAGCAUUGUAUUUACAAGACUUGAGUCCUGCCUUUGUGUAUUUGGCUGGGUUUCUCUUCCGCAGCUUUAUUUUCCCCAAAAGGACACUUCAAACACAGAGCUUCCUUCCUCUCUCUAUUCAGUUGGGAUAGAAAGCCUCACUCUGCUAAGGAUAAUUACCUUUCUAAGCAUGAGAGCCGCCAUUCCAGUGUUUCACAUACCUAAGUCAUUCACUGACAUCUCUUGCGAAUCACAAUAGGUACAGGCUACCUAUUUUAACAACAACUAAAACCCUACCUACUUUAUCUGUGCUGCACACACACAAACACAGAAUACAUGUGUCCUGUACCUUAGAUUGGGACAGAUUUUAGCCAGUAGCUAGUAAGGAGUACUGGAUAGUUAGUUCCUACAGUACUAUCAGAUUGCAGUUUAUAUAAAAAUACAGAAGAAAAAUUUGAAAGCAAUUGAUAGAAAAUGCUGGGUUAAAGUGACAAAUAAUACUAGUGAGGAAUUAUCUCCUGCGUCUUCCUUUCCCAGUAAAAAUUGAGAAUACAAUGAUUCUUCUGGAACAUUCUUCCCAUUAAUAGACCUUCUAGUUGAUAAAAAAAAAAAACUGCCCCCGUGUGAGGCCAGUGCUACAGUUCUUUCUGUUUCCCAAAGGGAGGUUGCAGUUGGAUGCAGCCGGGUCCAGCCUCCUUAAGUCUUUGCACCGAGGCGCAAUGAUAAGGCCUGCCGCUGUUGCAUUGCAUGGUAUAUCUAACCAGUCGGAGUCUUUGUGUGCACAGUUCCCAAGCCAUGCACUGUCAAUGGCAGAGCCCAAUACUUCACACCCUAUUGUUUUCCAGCUUUGAUCCCCAGCUGUAUUCCUGGUCAAAUUGAUUUGUGAGUCAAGUGGCCUCAUCAGCCUCAUCCCCUUUUAAAUUAUCAUUGAUAAAAAGAAAUCAAAGGCCAUUUUAAGUCCCCCCCAUCAAUUAUUUAAAAUACAGUUGUCUCUUUUCUUUUAGUAGAUUGAAGAAUAGACUUUUUUGAAAACCAGUCUUUGUGAGGGAAUCACGUUUUUCUCAUCAUGACAUGCCAAGCACAUAUAAAAAAUCCAACAUUUCCUCAAGGGAUGAAAUCCGUGUAAUCAUAUGACCCGGCAGUACCAUCUCCUCUGGCAUGCUCCUACCCAACAGCAACAGUUACAGAAAUGUGCUGAAAUUCCCAAGACAUGCAGAGGUUAUGCUGAUUACCAUCCAGGCAAAAUUUUGAUUUUGAUUUCAUUAAACAAGAAUAUGUACCAUAAUUUAUUUCCUAAUUGAUAGCUCACUUUUUAAUUGUUACCUUGUAGAAGUUCUUAAGGACUUAGUGUUGGUCCUCAGAAUGUGCUAAUAAGAACCUGGGGUUUUUCCCUUUUAACAAAUAUUUAUUGAAUACCUCCAGUGUUAUAGCUGCUGACUUGGUGGCAAAGAGAGCAGGGGAACUGCAUAUUUGGAAGGGUGAGGACGACAGAGGGUGGCGGGAGGUAGUCAAGCCAGGCCAGAUCCUUUGACAUGGAAUCCUCCGGUGCUCUGUGGGAGAAACACCGUCACCGACUCUCCUCAUUCUGCCCAAGCGGCUUCUAAAAGGAACUGCUUUUCCCUAUAGUUAUGGAACUUACUGCAUCCUCCUGAAACUUAGGAAAUCAAUUUGGACUCGGGGAAAAGAUAUUCAGAGAGUUGUUUCUUGGAUGCAGAGCUAGCUAAGAAAAUGUCAGCUCUAUGCCAGUUAAGUCCCAGCAGUUUUGACUCCUACAGAACCCAGAGAACUUUAGAAGCAGUGUGGGACGUGACCUCAUACUCGUUUUAUAAACAGACAAUUUAAAUGGUAGCACCUGCACCCAAAGCAUUGCCUAGAAGCAGAUAGAAAAUGAGGGAGGUCACUAGUGACCUCCUCCUUUCACCUGUGGCUACAAUCCAGUGCAGUUUACAGUCAUUGUCGCUGACAUAUAAGACGGCAAGUGUAAAUGGAAGGCACCUUUAUGCUUUCAUAGUCAGAGCGACGGUAACCUGAAAUUGUAACUAUUUGUUGUAUUGUGGCCAUGGUCAAUACCCAAAGUGCAAGGCUGGCUCCCUUUUUCACUCGUAAUGUGAACCUGAAUUUGCUUGUAUCCUUUCCCCAAGAACUGUAAACUUGUGCUGGAGAUGCCCAGCUGUCACAGCUUUGGACCAGCUCGUCAGCCAUCAUCUGUGGCAUGACAGAAUUGAACUGACUGAGAACCACGAUUUGAAGGCUCACUACAGUUUUGAAAGGGACAGGAGAGGGGUUCCAACAGAGUGUGAGUUUGGAACUGACAGUGUCUGCUAAGAACUGUCAAUAAGUAUGUCUCAGCAGAGUUGGGUCAGGGAUUAGUGAUCUCGAGGGUCAUAAAUGGCAGGCCCUCCAAAACCAGGGAAGUCACUGCUGAUGUGGCUGAUCUCAGAGCACAGUUGGUAGUCCCAGCCUGUUUGCUGGCCAACAUCCAAAGCAGUGGUGGUUUGCUCUCUAAAACAUGAGAACAUCGACCUCCAGCAAUCCAAAGAAAGACUCUAAACACACAUGCACGCACACUAAACGCUAAGCAAUGAAACAGCUAACAACAUUAUUGACAAAAGUGAGGUUUAUUUGGAAGGAGAAUUCUUCUUUAGCAAACGUGGCUCUGAACCAGUCUUUCGUAAGCUUUGCCUCAGUUCCUCCCGUGCCAGGACUCCUCAAACGAGACUAGAGACCCAGUGUCUUCUAAGCAGCAUGGGUGUCUUUCUCUUUUGUUGCUCACCAGAAACGUGAACCUGAAAACUUGGUACUGCCUGGGUGUUCUGGUAGUCCCUAGUACCUAGUAGGGCAAGUCUAACUGUAUGCUCUCCUGCCUGCCAUGGGGGUCAUAGAAAGUCAGGUAGAGUGAGGACCCCAAGGAGAGAGUAGCAAUGAGCUCCAGAGCCCCAAACUGGGAUGCCUUGUCAGCAUUGUGUUUACGGGAUCUUUAAAAAAAAUUUCUCUUUAACAUAGGAGCUGCAAUGUUAGUGCAUGCAGAGAUUUGUUACCUAUGGGAAUAGAAAUCACCCCGAAGGUUUACUUCCUGAAGGUUGCCGUUUUCUUUCCUUACCGCUGGCCUUCACGACGCAGGACUACUGCUUGGCAUCUGGCCCUUCGUGUUUGCUUACAUUUUAAGAAAAGACGGUUUUAUUGUUAUUUUAUUUUAACUUUCACGGAAGCUGGCAGGACUAACCUUGUCAAGGAGGAUGACUGAAGUAAGCAGCCGACCUGCUCAGCAGGCUUGCUGCAGUUCCCCAGCCUGUCUCAUUAGCAUACUGAGAGCCAAGUCAGCUCAAACUGAACUUUUCCUCAGGUGUGCAAGGUCGUCUACGUAUUUUUAAGGAUAAUGUAUAUUGAUUGGAAAAGUCUAUGAGGAGAUAAAUGGGGUAGAAAUCAGCCUUGCUUUUUGUCAAAAUUGAUUUACAUGACUAUUGAUUUUUAGUUGGAGCAUUAAAUUAGCUUCACAGUUAAAUGUCUUAUUUCUUUUUAACUCUGUUUCCAAUUUUUUUGGUCUGGCUUGGAAUGAACCUGAACGUUAUGUAUUAAUGAGUUCUUGGAAGAAAACUGAACUUUAAGGGGUCUCUUUAAAAAUUAUCUAGAAAAUUCUAUCUGUGCCGAUCCUUACUGUGUACGAAAUGAGACUCCUCACCCUCCUGUCUGAGUCAUGUGCCCCUAAAGGAGUUUAAUUGUUAUCUCUCUACUGGAGAGAGAUCAAGAGGGAAUUUGUCGUGCAUUUUAUGCAGUAUUGCUUUGCUCUUUUUCAUGUUAAACAUCCAUUUUUCUCCCUUUUCGUAGAAAUGCUAUCACUAUUGAAAACAAAUUCAAAGAACUAUGUAAAUUAUGAAAGUAUUUAAAUAUGAAUAAAAGAAAAUGCUCAAUUUUAAAUCUGAAUUUCCCUAAAGAGGAAAGUAUAUCUAAUACUUGGGAAUAAAUUGUUGCCCUUAAAAAAAAUAGUGUUUGUACUUAAGUUCUGAAAUGGUACCCAAAUGAUAUCUGGGCUUGAUAGAUUUUAAAUUUUAAUAGCUACAAAAGUCAUCUUGAUUUUCUUUCGUUUUUUUUUUUUUGUCUUUCUUUUUUUGGCACAAUUAAUCACAGUCUACUGCCAGGGUAUACUAUCUGAACCCUGAUUUGUUAGGCUCUAGUCAUGCCUAACAGGCAACUUAGGACAGCUUAAUCUUCUUAAAGAUAUUCACAAAGGCCAACUAAGCAUGAGUAAUGGGAGAUUUGAGAUUCCUCUAUGUUAUUCAGAUUGUAUAGGCUUGAGCCCAAGAGAGCUCGCCAGAGGUCACAUGACUCCUUCAUCGACCUCUGGGGAGAACUGUUACUCAGGCAUAUCCAACAGCACAGAUACCCAUUUCUACUUGACGGUUUCCUAGGCAACACAAUCCAACUCUUUCCGGUUUUCUCAUGAUAAGAACCUAUAUUGGUCCGUCUUUGUGGAUGAGGUAUCAGGUAACAGUUGUGGCAAUUGUACCGAAAGACUGGAGAAAUUGGGUUCUCUGUUUGUUUGAUGAUCAGUAUAUAAGAUGACUCCCCAAAUGUCUCCAGAAAUCAAAUUCUAAAAGAAAACGACUGUACUCAAACACUUAGUCAUGUAGCCAGGUUUUGGAAAGGCUUUUAUUCAUUCAUAUUUACUUCUGAAAAAUCACUGUCAUGUCUGUGCGAGUGACUGGUUUAGGUCCCAGCAGCGAGCAUCAGAACUAAACUCAAGUGAUUUGACUUUUAUAAUGUUCAGUUCUCUGAAAAAAAAGGGGAGGGGGGCAUUUUUCUAUGUGCUUGCUUGUGAACAAGUACCUUCUUGUUACUUGUUCCUUAGCAUAAGUAACAAAUAAGACUCUAGACUUUUUCUUCUCCUUCUGGAGAACACUUGACUGUCUUUGAAGAAUCUGAUCCGGAAUAAAAUGUCUCCAAAGAAUCAACUCAGUCGCUAUUUAAUCCCAGCCUGUGUACAUGAGGAUGUUAUGUAAACAAUGGGCGCUUGCAUUCUCAGGAAUCAGGAAAGUGAUUUAAAAAAUUGUCUUCUUGAAAAGGCUUGUAAACUAAAUGAGGCAUUCUGGAAAAGGGUAAUGUUUGAUUUUGUUUCUGGUUUCUCUCUCUCUUUCUCUCUCUCUCUCUCUCUCUCUCUCUCUCUCUCUCUCUCUCCUUUUUCCCAAUGACAUCACUUGUCCCAGACACUCCUUGCAGCUUUCAGAGCGUUUCUGUUUGCCUGCAACUCAGAAAGAGCACCAACGGGAAGCUGAGGACCACCCUGGACAUCAGGGUUGCCUUCUUCCGUGGAUCUUGUCCAAUCUCAAUAUGGCUGCUUUUCCCCACCUAGGUGCCUGUGUGAAAUGGCAGUCACAUCAAUGUACUUGGUCCCCAUGAGUCACACUACGGGGAAGUGACCUAGUGACACUCUUAGUUUCCGAGAAAAAAAGAAAAAAGAAAAAAAAAAAGAUGUUUCUGUAGAAUGCUGAUGUAAUGAAUGGUGAAUAAAAUUUGGCCGAUGUUUGAACUGACUCUAGGCACCUCAACAGAAAAAAGUCUGAGGCGUCGUUUGUGAAACAUGUUUCCAAGGUGUUUGAUGCUGUAUGAUAAAUACUAGACAAAGUACAGUACAGAAAUAGAAAAACCUGAGCCUGUAGAUGACAUCUCUGUUCCUAAGAACUCAGCCUUCGUUGUGUCUUAGUAAUAUCUCUCUGCGUUCCCUUUAGUUUAUUGCAUUUUGGUAUAAUCGCCUAAGGUAGAGCUAUUAACGCCUAUGUACUGAUUAAUGCCUGGUAAUACAGAAAAGGCACUUUGUUAUUUCAGUGUGUUUCCCUCAGCGUCACAGGGUAUAUGAAUUUGAUAGGGAAGGUCAUUUGGCAUUGGUCAGCAAAAUGUUUUCCACAUCUAAAACCCAUGUACACAAUUGGUUGUCACCCUUUGCAGUGUCUUUGUCUAGACGAUAGUCUUAGACAUCCACCGUGUUUCCGCUUGCAAGCUGCUGUAGGAACUUGGUCCAUUUGAAAACCCUGGUAAGAUGUUGUGAACUGAAUGUGUUAGUAGGUCACGGGAUCCCGAGGACUCAUGUAUCCUCCUGUGCUGAACCACCCAUUAUGCAUUAGGAAUAGUCCUUAGACAAAGGCAGUCUAUUGAGGGUAUUUAUUUCGGGUGUUUGAUUUUUGGCCUGUUGGAAGCUAGCAGGGGAGAAAUGCAUCACUGAAAAUUCAGAAAAGCCACAGAACUAUAAAGUACAUUUUGACAUUGGUUGAUUGAAUUUUGUCUUUCAACUGAUUUGUAUCAUUGCUUUUACCCAAUAGAUCUUCACUAGCUACUUCAUUGCUGUUAUGUGCAUUCUGAUGACUUGUAAGGUUGAAAGGGAAGAAAAUCAAACUGCCAUCCAUACAGUCAUUUUACAGUAUGAUGUCAUGCCGUGUAUCACAGUUUCUAAACUGAUUUUUCUUGUGUACAAGUUGUGACAUCAAAGAUGCCAAAGGGGAUAUAAAAUAAGCUACAAUGAAAUUCAACAGAAUUUAUCCUGGAUCUUAUGUUGUAAUAAUUUAUUCAUAUUAGCUGUAGUCCUCUGUAUUUAUAUUUUCAGUAUUUAUUAUGAAUGACAUGGAAAUUCCUGUAUUUAUUGUGGCUUUUUGUUGCAGUGUGUGUAUGUAUAUAUAUACAUAUAUCUAUUACAAAUAAGCAUUUUUAAGUCUGAUCAUUAAGUUUCUUUUAUUAGUGGCACUUGUAUUGUGCUGUACUUUUUAUUAUAUAUUGUACAAUAGCUUGUCCAUUUGUUUGCAACAGAGUAAAACUGGUUUCUAAGUUGUA